CUCUCUCUCUACCGUUACUGCGCUUUUCUCACAGAGAAACUGUGAUUUUUUCAAUUGUAAUUCAGUAAUGGAGUACUUCGCCGCUGAUUAUGCUGAAUUCUCGUCGGUGGAAAAUGGCAACAAUAGCAAUGGCGUCCAUUUCACGGUGGAUGAUUUGCUCGAUUUUUCCAAGGAGGAUGAGACCAUGACCGACGCAUUUUUCGAGAGCUUGCCGGUCAAUUCCGGCGAUUCCUCCACUGUUACGGCGGUUGAUAGCUGCAAUUCGUCGGUCUCCGGCGGCGGAGACGGCCAAUUCAACGGCAAUAUCAGCUGCCGCAGCUAUAAUGAGGUUCAAUUCUCCGGCAACGAACUCUGCGUUCCGUAUGAUGAUUUAACGGAGCUGGAAUGGCUGUCGAAUUUCGUGGAGGAAUCAUUCUCAACCGACGAACACCGCUUCAUCCCCACCGCCGCCGUGAAAUCCGUCUCCGCCGACACCUCCUCCUCCUUCAUCACCUCACAAUCUCCUCCUCCUCCGCCGCCGGCCGUCUUCCCAUCCGACGUCUCAGUCCCGGGGAAAGCCCGCAGCAAGCGCAGCCGCGCGCCGCCGUGCGACUGGUCCUCCCGCCUCCUCCUGGUGAAGGCGGCGCCGCCGGAGGCCCCGCCCCGGAAAUGCCUCCACUGCGCGUCGGAGAAGACGCCGCAGUGGAGGACGGGCCCGAUGGGCCCGAAGACGCUCUGCAACGCCUGCGGAGUCCGGUACAAGUCGGGCCGCCUCGUGCCGGAGUACCGGCCGGCGGCGAGCCCGACUUUCGUCUCGGCGAGGCACUCGAACUCGCACCGGAAGGUGAUGGAGCUGCGGCGGCAGAAGGAUGUGAUGCAGAGGCAGCAGAUGAUCGGCGGCGUUUUCAACGGCUGUGAUGAGUUCCUUAUUCAUCACCGGAGUAGCAUCAACGGCCACGAUUUGAGGCACAUGAUGAUGAACUAGUACGGAAGCUAAUUUUUAGUUUUGAGAGUCAUAACCACUAAAUUUUCCUAAUUUUAAUGUCACCUUUUUACUUAGGUAUUUGAUUUUUUUUUUUUUAAAUAGAAGUUGGAGGGAGAACUUUGUAAUGCAUUUUGUUACUUCAAUUUUGAUUUCAUACUUAGAUUUUGCACAA